UUAUUCGGUCUAUGUAGUGGACAAAAGGGUUUCGUUAGCUGUUGGAGAGGAACCAAGAUUCAGAUCAUAUCCGCCAACUACGGACGAACAGACAAAAAGAUGUGUCCGGGUGGUAAAUCUGAUACAAAUACAUGUCGAUCAAAGACGUCAGAACUCAAGGUGAAAUGGAACAGUAAUGGGUACCAGACAUGUCACCUUCAUGCUGCUGAUCAGUACUUUGGAGAUCCAUGCUCUAAAUACACCAAAUAUCUUGAGGUUAAAUAUCGAUGCAUAAAGAGUCAAAAUCUGCAAAAAGACAAAUCAAUAAUUGCUUUUAAUGCGUACAUGACGAAAGAUUUACAUCUACAUAGAAACACUCCGUCCAAUGUUGUUUAUGAUGGUGUAUAUUACAACUUCGGAAACGCUUACAACCCUCAAAAUGGAAUCUUUACAGCGCCGUCUGACGGACUGUAUGUGUUUACCUGGACAAGCCAUGUUGCUGUCAAAAAGAUUUUUGAUUCUCGUAUUCUUGUAAAUGGAGUCCACAAAGGAUACGGAAACUGUAACAACGAGCCUGGUUCUGGUCUUGGAAAUUGUGCAAAUACAGUACCUUUGGUUCUGAAAGCUGGAGACAAAGUAAACAUUCGUACGACUAAUGCAAAUAACUUGAGAGAACUUUGGUCUAGUUUUAAGGGUUGGAAGGAAUAUAAAAAGAGGUCAGUCAAUAAAGGAUUACAAUUAGAGUCCAUUCUAUUCCAACAGUUUGUUGGAAGACCUGGUAUCCAGAGACUACAUAAAUGCUGUCAAGAGAAACUCCAGUAUCCUUUUAGUAUCAACUUCAGAGUACUGUUGUGA